AUGUCAGAAAAGCUAGCUGGUUAUCUAGAAAAGUUAUUGUGUCCAUGCAAAGUUUGUCGAAACUUAAGUCACCAAUGUAUUAACAUUUUGUAUGAACACUUAGUCAUUUAUGGGAUUGAUCCAACAUACAAAAUCUGGUUUCAUCAUGGGGAAGAAUUAUCAAGAGAUGAUGAUGUAGAGACAAUGGAAACAUUUGAUUCUUACAACUUGUUUAGGGCUACAAAUAUUGAUGGUUGUGAUUUUGAAAGUCAUCUAGAAGGUCAUGAUGACACUUUUAUGGAAAAAAUAGAAGAUGCAGACACUCCAUUAUAUCCACAAUGCACUAAAUAUACUAAGUUAUCGUCAAUUGUUGCAUUGUAUAAGGUUAAAACUACCAAUGGAUGGUCUGACAAAAGUUUUGAUGAAUUGUUAAGACUUUUGAAUGAUAUGUUUCCUUUAGAUAAUAUGAUCCCCAAGUCUAUGUAUGAGGUUCGAAAAUUUCUUCGAUUAUUUGAUUUAGGAUAUGAAAAGAUUCAUGCGUGUGUUAAUGAUUGCUGUUUGUUUAGAAAAGAUAAAGAAAACUUGCAAGAAUGUCCAACAUGUGGAACUUCACGUUGGAUGUCAGAUAAGCUAACUAAAAAGGUUCGACAUGGUGUCCCAGCAAAAGUUUUGAGGUACUUUCCUAUAAUCCCUAGGUUGAAACGGAUGUUCAUGUCUAAAAGAAUUUCAAAGGAAUUAAGAUGGCAUCACAACAAUAAAAGUUGCGAUGGAAAAAUGAGUCACCCAGUGGAUUCAGCAGCAUGGGAGCUAGUCAAUGAUAAAUGGCCAUCAUUUUCAAAUGAAGAGAGAAAUAUUAGACUUGGCCUUUCCACAGAUGGAUUUAACCCAUUUAGACCUAAACAGCCUAGGAAUGAUAUUGAUAUAUACUUAGAACCCCUCAUAGAGGACUUGAAAUUAUUAUGGAAUGAGGGUGUUGAUGCUCAUGAUGCAUUGGACAACACAAAUUUCAAGUUGCGGGCUAUUUUGAUGUGGACAAUCCAAGAUUUUCCAGCAUACGGGAACCUUGCUGAUGUUGCUGGAAAAAGUAAAGAUGGACUAAAAGCUCGCUUGGAUUUGCAACAUAUGGGUAUUAGGAGUGCAUUACACCCACAAGAGAAGGGGACUAGAACCUAUCUUCCUGCAGUUUUACACACACUAUCAAAGCUUGAGAAAGAAUUAUUUUGUAAAAGGUUGUUCUCAUUGAAAGUACCUGAUGGAUAUAGUUCAAAUAUUCGAAAUUGUGUUUCAAUGGAACAAUGCAAGCUCAUGGGCCUUAAGUCACACGAUUGCCACAUUUUGAUGCAACAAUUACUACCGGUGACUAUAAAAGGAUUGAUGCCAUUGGGUCCAAGAGAUGCUAUAAUAAGAUUAUGCACGUUCUUUAAUCGAAUAUGUCAACGUGUUCUUGAUAGAGAAAGCAUAAUGACAUUAGAAAAUGAUGUUAUUGAAACUUUAUGCUUACUAGAGAGAUUCUUUCCACCAUCAUUUUUUGAUGUCAUGAUUCACUUAGUGGUUCAUAUCGGACGAGAAGCACGACUAUGUGGACCAGUCCAAUUUCGAUGGAUACGCAUGAAGAUAUUGAAAGAUUAUGUCAGAAAUCGAGCAAGGCCUGAAGGUUGUAUUGCAGAGUAUUAUCUUGCAGAUGAGUGUGUGAGCUUUUGUAAUGAAUUCACUGACCAUUCAAUUGAACUAAACACAAAAGAAGGUCGAAAUGAAGAGUGGUCAAAUGAUGUGAUACUUGAAGGUCGUCCAAUUUCUAGGAGGAAAGAAAUUAUAUUGACAGAUGAGUUGUUAGAAAUUGCACAUCGAUACAUUCUGUUAAAUAGAUCUGUUGUGGAGCCUUUUCUAGAGUAA